GAGUUUUGGUUUUGUCUUUGUAUUUUAAAAUCAUUCUAUCUUCUUAAUUCAUUACCAUAUUUCUCCUUUCUUUAAAGCUCUCUUCUUUCAUCUUAGGUGCUUCCUUGUGCAUCAUCAUUCAAUUUCAAUCACUGCUGCUUUCACCGGCCUUGUAUCAGCAGCAAGUCGGAGUCAAACUGAACUCUACUCAUCUCCCCGUUGAAACCAAAAGCUUGCCGGAAAUCACCGGCGCAGUCAGUUAUCGACCGCCGCCACCACAAACAGUAACAAAAUCCAUAAUGCUUGCACUCACUAAUUCGCCUCUACUUAUAGCUAAAUCAUAUGAAGAAAUUAAAAUAAAAAGUACACGAAGCAUUUUUCUGGUAUGUGCUGCUGCAAAAGGUCCAAGACCAAGAUAUCCACGAGUUUGGAAGACUAAUAAAAAAAUUGGUACCAUUUCUAAAGCUGCUAAGCUUGUUCAAUCUAUUAAGGAACUUUCAAAUGUGAAAGAGGAAGUUUACGGAGCUCUUGAUACCUAUGUCGCUUGGGAACUAGAAUUUCCUUUAAUUACGGUGAAAAAGGUACUCAAAACUCUAGAAUAUGAGAAAGAGUGGAAGCGGAUAAUACAGGUAACAAAAUGGAUGUUAAGCAAGGGUCAAGGAAAGACAAUGGGAAGCUAUUUCACAUUACUUAAUGCUUUAGCAGAGGAUGAUCGACUAGAUGAAGCAGAAGAGCUUUGGACAAAGUUAUUAAUGCAGUACACGGCAAGCUUGCCUCGUAGAUUCUUCGAUAAAAUGAUAUCUAUCUACCGCAAAAGAAGCAUGCAUGACAAGAUGUUUGAGGUAUUUGCAGACAUGGAGGAGCUUACUGUUAAACCUAGUAUAUCUGUUGUCUCAAUGGUUGGCGAUGUCUUCAAGGAGCUAGGUAUGAUGGACAAAUACGAGAGGUUACAUAAAAAAUAUCCACCACCCCGAUGGGAAUAUAGAUACAUCAAAGGAAAGCGUGUAAAAAUCAAGGCGCAAAUUCAGUCUAAUGAUGUCGACAAAUACAUAAGAAAGAAUGACAAUUUUGAACCAAAUUCAGGCUUAAGAGAGGAUGAUAGUUCAGAAGAGACUUCAGAGUUAACUGAUGAUGAACAGUUCGAACAAGAUGCUGAUGUAACACGCAUGGAACCUGAACAGAUUUUUGACGAGUCAUCUGAGAGCACAGAACCAAGUUUAGAUAUAUAACAACAGAAAGACAAUUUACUAUGACUAGAAGAUAAGUUUCGGUUGGCGGUUAUUAUUAGUUACAAGUGAGAAUCAUUACAUCGGCGUCCAACUUCUACACCUUGUUAGGAGAUAGGUGAAGACACUCUAGGAGAACAUGCUUUUAAAGUUUCAAAAAAAAUGUAAGCCUGAGAAUCUGGUGGUAGACAUUUCAUUUAUGAUUUAUGAGGGUAACAGAUCAUUUACAAACCAAGAAAUGUAACUAGUACUUCAGAUUCCUGCCUCGGUGAAUUCCAGGAUCAUAAGUUGUUAUGCUCUUCUGUCGAGGCAGUAUCAAUGCUGAUUUCGAAGUGGGUACUUUGGCUUGAAAAUUUCAAAGCAUAAUAUAUGGAGAUUGUAGGGUAAUUUUUCAAUGCAUAUAGGCUUUGAUUAGGAUAUAGUUGUGCAGGUUUGUGUUAUAUUGUUGGUCAUAAAAUUUGCAUUGUACUCAAAUUCUUAAACCAUGAUGAUUAAAUACUCCUAGAAAGGUCUCGGGUUCAAUUCUCUAGUGCCAAUUUGAGUGCACUAAUUUAGCUUAUUCAAAAAAAAAAACUCCUAGAAAGAAACAAAAAACAAUUCUCUCUUUUGUUUUCAAAUUAAAAUGUGUCUACAGUUGUGAGGCGGUUCAUAGAAAAUAAUGCAUAAAUUUGACAGACA